GGGGCCGCAAGGCCUUCUGGGAGCUGUAGUUCCGCCGGGGGCACGUGACGGGGCGGAGGGGGGCGGGGGGACUCCAUUUCCCAUCGUGCCCAGCGGCGGAGCGCAGCCGGAGCGGAGCUCGACCCCCCACCCCCACCCCCGGAUGCCGCGUCCCCCCCCUGACCGCCGCGGGCCGGGCCCUGUCGGCCAUGGCCGAGCGCCCGCUGGCCAGCGCCAUCCGCGCCAAGCUGGAUGCGGCCCUGCAACCCAGCCACCUGCAGGUCCUGGACGAGAGCCCCCGGCACGGCGGCCCCCCCGGAGCCGAAACCCAUUUCGCCGUGGUGGUGGUGAGCGGGCGCUUCGCCGGGCUGAGCCCCCUGCAGCGGCACCGCCUGGUCCACGCCGCGCUCAGCGCCGAGCUCGCCGGCCCCCUGCACGCCCUCGCCAUCGUCGCCAGGACCCCCGAGCAGUGGGAAGCCGACCCCCGCGUCCCCCCCCGGCCCCCUUGCCUGGGGGGGUCCAAGCACGAGCGGCGCGGGGCCGCCGUAGACGCUACUUCGGCGUGAUGCUGCGCCCCGGCGCGUUUUUGGGGGUAUUUUGGCCAUUUUAGGUGUUGUUUUUUUUUUGUUUGUUUGGUUUUUUUGGCCCGUUUUUAGGGUAUGGCUGAGGUGUGGGUUUGGGGGCACGGCUUUUGGGGUGACCCCCACCCCCAGCCCGGCCCCCAGCCGUCGCUGCUCCUUCCCGUCGAACCGCUCCCAAAUCUGGGGGAAAUUUGGGGGAUUUGGGGGAUUUUCUCGAUGUCGUCUUCAAGGCGUUCACCUCUUUGGGCCCCCCGCCCCCAUGCGUCCGCCCCCCCCCCCCCACCGCAUCGCGUCCCGCCUCCCACCCCGACCCCAAAAAUAAACAGCUCCUGGCUCCUCAUCCGAAGCGGCUCCGAGAGCACAGCUGGGUGUUAUUGGGGUAACACGGCGCGGGGGGGGUCGUCGUGGGGGGGGGGGGGAUUUUCCCUUUUUUUUUUGUCGUUCGCGUGCUUUUCGUCGUGUGGUUUUUUGUUUUUUUUUUUUUAAUUCUUUACAAACAUCUAAAAACUACAGCACGGCACGACUGCGUACGGACAGAACUAUGGAUGUGCUCGGAAAAAAGACCAGCUACACCGAAGGAGGACGGGGAGGAAGAGGAGGAGGAGGAAGAGCAGGAGGAGGAAGAUGAGGAAGAGGAGGAGGAGGACGGCACUCGGACGAGAUGAAGCACGCGCCGCUCGCUUGCUCAGAGGGGCGGGGGCCCGCUGGGGGGGCCGCCGGGGGGGCCUCCCAAGUGCUUUUUGCAUAGACCUCAGCCUCUGGUCCUUGGGGGGGGGGAGGCUGAGCCUCCCGGGGUGCCCACGGUGGGGGGGGGGGGGGGGGGGGCACAGCCCCGGCACCCCCCCACCCCUCAAUUUUUGGGGGUCCCGCUUUUUUGGGCGCCGCCGUUGUGCUUUGCGAACUGCUGGGCUGGGGGCUUGUGCUCUGGGCUGGGGGAGACGGGGGUUUUUUUUGGGGGGGGGGGCGGGAACGGCCCUCCCCCCCUUUUAAAUGCCCCCCGCCCCCCACCGUUCCCUUUU